UGUGCAAAAAAAAAUAAAACAAAUUAUUUAUUAGCCAAAAUUUUGGUUAAAUGGACAUUGAGCUUCGUUUUUUAGGUCGGGACCAUAAAUUUAAAACAACUCGUCAAUUUGUGUACUGCGUCCUUCCGUACAUCGAGGGCCAGCGGUACACGUUCGGCCACUCGUAUCAACCUUGUGGUGGCGGAGAAGAAUUUUUGUACUUGUUGAGGAUCCGAUUAUUCGGGAAGGAGAAGGAAGCUGCCCGAUUUCAAAUUUCUUGUCGCCAUGGGAAAUACCGGAUUAGGCGGUUAUCGAAUGCCCAAAAUUACGCAAUAUUCCUAAACGAGACCGAAGUCUGUGAUACCACGGAAGGUAUGAGAAUAUCGCUUGGGGACAUUUUAGUCGUCGCGGAACAUAACACGCUGAAAUAUCCCUCCUGGUGGAAAUCAAGGUGGAAAUUUUUAUCAAAAGAAAAUGUGCAGAGGAAGAAUCGCCCCGAAAAUUUUCAGCACACGUGCGUUUUCAGCUUCCAGGCGAGAAGACUUCCUACUACGUUCGACUCGUCUGAGAACGAAGAUUCCUCAAAGUUCGAAUAUUUCGCCCGUGACACAACUGAAACAUACAGCGCCCUCGAGAACACAUUGAUACUCUCCAAAAUAUUUUCGUACUUGGCCCUACCAACCUUAAAGAAUUGUCGCCUUGUCUCAUCCUUCUGGGAGAGUGAAGCCGUCCUUUUGCUCAAGUCCCGAUCCGAAAUUCGGUUCCAGUUUUACGCCUACCGCGAACCCGCCAAGUCGACGAGAUUCUUUCUCUACAGACAUGAAAUGUUACCAUUCGCCCAUCCCAAUUGGCACGUGGACCGAAUCGAUACCGGUGAAACGGUGAUGUUUUGCAAAUUAAGUGUCGAUUUCGACAAGGUGCUCGAGAAUUGUGGCGUAAUCCGUCGCCUGAGUUGUGUUUAUUGUCCCACCAUAAAUAACGUGCUAUUGAUAAGGUUGCUGAAUCGGUUGGCCAAUUCGCUAGAGGAAUUGUCGAUUUGUUUCGAAAAUUGUGGAAAUUCGGAGGAUGAUAUUACCGAGUUUUUCCCGUAUAUAGAAUUCCCGCUCCUGAAAAGGUUCGAGAUAGAUAUGGAUCCCAACGUUUCGUCGACGAUAAGACCUGAGCGGUAUGCAAAUUUGACCCGGUCGCUGAUAAAAUUGACUAGCAGGGUGUCUGCACUGUAUCUUAAGUCGUACAAUGCGCGAAUGAAUGCGCAUUUUUUGCGAGAAAUUGUAUCUAAUAAAGAAUCAUAUCCGAGGUUGAGGGAGGUAAGGAUUAGGAAAAUUAACUGGGAUGGGAUAGAAGUGUUACGGGGUUUAAGGGCGGAUUUGGUGAGGCUGGAGAUUAAUUGGUUUUCUGACGAGUGUGAGAUUCGACAGGUUGUAGAGGUUCUUCAAGGUAUGAGGAAUUCGUUGGUAUUUGUAUAUCUGGAAGUGCCCCCGGACUGGGAAGUAGUUCCUGUUGGGGAGAUGCCUUACUUGAAAAAGAAGGACAUUUUGUUUAGACGGGUCUAAUAGCUUUGAAAUAUGUCAAAGAAAAUGCGGGAUGGAAGCAAUUGUAAUACAAUAAAUAUACAAUUUAUUAUGAAAAAGAAAGCAUAUGCAUACCAAUCGUGUCUUCUCGGUUUAAUCACAUGUUUAAUUUAAUAUACAGGGUGGUUUAAAUGUCAGGUUACAAUGGAAAAUUUUGCAAUGGGAAAAAUUCGCAAAUCUCCAUUAG